CAGGGGUGAAGUAAAGAGAUAUUGUAUAUUGUAUUCAGUAUUUGUCAGCGCGUGUAUAUGACGUUUCGUAGUAGAUUGUCGUUUUCGUCAUUAUAUCGCUCGAUCACAAAUGUUGUGUCCGGAAAUAUGGGACUUCAAGGCUCCGGAGCACCAUUUCGAGAUCGAACGAGCGAGCUAUCGAACCGAGGAAGUUCCGUUGGCCGUCAGUACUCAUUAUUUUAAUCAUUCGGUGUCUAUCGUGCUUCCUGACAUAAAAGACGUUCCUCCAAGUCUUCGUGAUUGCCUUUUGGAAGACAGUGAUUAUUACAAAAUCGUUGGUUUAAAGGCUCACGAGCUUGUCAAUAAAGAGUUCAUCGAAGCUUUUGUUAAGAAAGGAGAGCUGACGUUAUUGACGAUUGGAAAGAAGAUUGAUGUCCACAAUCUAAUCUGUAUAUCGCCAACGGGACACCUAUUGCUUUCUUUGCUUCGUGAAGAUUAUCAAAAGCUUGGAUUAGUAGGGAAAGAGACAUUCUUUGAUCGUAAAGCACAUUCGCGCUACGUCGUGACUAUUAAUUUGAACGAGGAAGCUUUUGUACCGGGUAAGAAGAAUUACGAAAGGGUCCGAUCAUGUUUGCAAGAAAAUCUCGACGAAAGCUUCGACGUUGUUGUAGCUUGGGAUCCACCAGAGGAUAAACUAUGUCCAUCGUCGGUCGCAGCAUGGUUUCACGAUCGUGGUUACACAACGUUGCUCUGCAACCAAGUUUUCAAACAACGGAUCGAACGAUCAAUUUUCGUCCCGAAUCUCGACGGUUCUUCCAAUCUCGAUGAGUUUUUCGAAUGGCUGGGAAUUUUCAGUAUCGGUGGAGAUACGACGAACGAAAAAGAAGAUGAUUAUGUGAAUACUUACACGUGUCCCAGACCGAAAACUCAAACAGUCGAAACACAAUAUAUAGAAUGCACAGGAUUUUUUACACGCAAACAAAUAAUAGGAAUCUAUAAUGCUAUGAGAGAAAUAGCUUUCCAGAAGGAUACAUCGCCUUGGAAAAGUAUACACGUACAGGGUUUCGCUGACAGUCCAGUCAGCUGGGGCCUGAAAGAGCACAAUUUUUUCACGGACGGUGACAAUAGCCAUACGACCGUCUUCCAAAAAAACGGUGAAUGUAUUAUACGAAAGAGUUUGAGCUCUAAUAAAAAACCAAGAAUUUUCCAAUAAA